AUGGUCGCGUUUCUCUCCAGACUCCUUGAAUCGACGCCCCACGAGAAGGUACUUCAUCGAAUACAUACGAAUGCUGCGGCUGUUAGCGUGAUCAAAGCCAAUGCGCUGGCCGACGAGAAGACGGAAGCUCAUGUCGAGGACGAGGUCGCGGACGAGUUGAACAUAUCGCUUGACUCUCUACUGAAAGUGCUGGCUCGAUAUGACUUCCCUCCAUCUGCCUGCUCGCAUAUACGCGGACAGGAACAGAUUUUUGGAUCGAGAAUCGGUCGAGAUGACAAGAAGAAUAAAGUAACUGCUUAUGAUUUCUGGUAUGCGAUACGAGCAAGAGCCUACAUUCGUGCCGUCGAUAAAGAGGCGGACUUGAAGAUGACGAUAGUGACACACUACGACGUCAAGUCACAGUCGAGCGUCAUACUGCUGAAACACCGCUCGUUCAACGAUCUCCCCAAGGCGCUAAAGGAUGAACUCCACGAUAAGUUGGUGGACUUUAUACUCAAUCCCAGUACGGCGGCUCUUGCGGGAAAUCCAUUUGCUCUCCAUCUCCUCCAUUUCAAUAGCACCAUCCAGUACUACCGGCGGGCUGCCCGAGAUCCUAGGGAUUCCGUGAGAAAAGAGGAGAUCAAGGCCCAUGGAGGGAGUUCCGGCCUAGAGGAAAUCAAUAUACAACGACUACACCUGACGCUUACCAGUCUUGACCAGGAUAAACUGCAGUUAAAUUUCAUUCUUGGAGUUCUCGCCCGUUUGCGGAAACAGCACGACCAGUUUUACAGGAUGGUUAAGGGUGCUUCCGACGUGGACAGCCGUGACUGGCUCUAUACCCGUGUAGAGGAAGAGUAUGAUCGAUUCGAGAACCAGAUUACAUACUUUAAGACAUCCAUAGAGGAUGUGGCGGCACGGGCUCAAAGACUUUUGGAUCUGCUUUUCAACUUGAGUACUCGGCACAGUACACAUUUCAGUUCUCGUAUGGCUGAGGAAGCAAUGAAGGAGAGUGCAUCGAUGAGUACCAUUGCGAUCAUGACCAUGGUUUUCCUUCCAGGGACAUUUGUUGCCGUACGCUUUACUACAUACUAA